AUGGCGAUUGAGAAGAAUAACUUUAAGUAUCAAGGCCAAGUGGUAUCAACAAAGCCAGUCUCUCUAUCUUCAGCAGCCAAAAACCUCUCCGCCUUCGCCUCCCUGGAAGAGGAGAACGGAGCUUCCGAUGCCGUCCGCGUGUAUCUGAAACGCGCUUCUGAUGCCUUCAACAACUUGGUUCAAUUCCACAAGGAGCUAAAAGCGCCCCAUUCGAAUCGCAAACGUAAGGCAUCUCAACCUCUUGUUGUUGAUACAAAGAUUGAAACUUUAGCCACCGUUGACAAAAACCCAGAUGAAGAAAAGAUCAAGAAUGUGAAAAGUAAGGGCAAGCGGAAGAAAAAUCGCGAAUUAGAGGUAAAUGAUGAAGAACCGUUAAAGAUUGAGAAGGAUAAAGGAAGGAUUGAUGAAGUUAACGCCGUGAAAAGGUCGGAAAAGAAGGAAAAACAUAAGAAAAAUCGCGAAUUUGAGCCUAGCACUGAAGGCUUGUUGAAGAUUGGCCAAGAAGCAGAUAGGCUUGACAAAGUUAAGGUACAGAGAAGUUCGGACAAGAACAGAAAAGAUAAGAGAGCUGGCCAAUCGGAGUUAAGGAAUGAGGAGAGAGAACAAAUUGAGCACAGCCCUGAUGGGGUUGGGGAGGAAAGGAAAAAGAAGAAACAUGACAAGAUUGUGAGAGGUGAAGAUACAGAGGAAAGAGAUGAGGGUAGGAAUAAGGCUAAGCAAGAGAUUGUGGAAGUUGAAAGGAACAUUAUUGAUGGAGUUGAAGGUGAAAGUGUGAAGAGGAAGGAUAAGAAGAAGAAAAAGAAGGAUGAGGGUGAGGAGGAUGGAGAAAAUGUUGGCAAAAAAGGAAAGAAAAAUAGCCAAUCGGAGGUGAGGAGUGAGCAGAGAGAACAGAUUGAGCGAAGCCCUGACAGUGGGGUUGGGGAGGAAAGGAAAAAGAAGAAACAGGAGAAGAUUGGGAGAGGUGAAGAUAGAGAGGAAAUAGAUAAGGUUAAGAAUAAUACUAAGCAAGAGAUUGUGGAAAUUGAAAGAGACAUGGAUGGAGUUGAAGGUGUCACGGAGUAA